GUUGGUGGGGGUGGUUGUGGUUGGUGGUGGGUGGUGGUUGGUUGUUGGUUGGUGGUGGUUGUGGUUGGUGGUGGUUGGUGGUUGGUUGGUGGUGGUUGUUGGUUGGUGGUGGUUGGUGGUUGUUGGUGGUUGGUUGGUGGUGGUUGUUGUUUGGUGGUGGGUGGUGGUGGUUGUUGUUGGUUGGUGGUGGUUGUUGUUGGUUGGUGGGUGGUGGUGGAUGUGUGGUGGUGGUUGGUGGGUGGUGCUUGGUGUGGGUGGUGGUGGUGGUUGUGUGGUGGGUGUGUGAUGGUGGGGUGGGUGGAGAGAUGGUGGUGGGUGGAGAGAUGGUGGUGGCGGGGCGGGGUGGCUGCUGGUGGUGGUGGGGCGGGUUGGGAGAGAAGGGACGGCGGAAGCAAGAGGAACACACACACAGAGCCCGCCCGCCAGCCAGACUCGUGUUGUUCAAUAGCAGCGGCGAGAAGAGGGCAUUUCGCACGCAGUGUUAACUCGCCGCGCAUAGGCGCGCCACGUUCACAGUGGGCGCACACAAGGGUAGCCCUGUUGGAGCACACUGCAGCAGUGAUCACACCACACACACACACAGCCACACACACACACAAAGCAACGACAACAACAACAGCAGCAAGCGACAACACAGCGCACACAAACAGCACGCAGUUGGAACAUUGCUGCGACAUCGCAUCCGUAGAGGCGGGCAGCAGCAGCAACAACAGGGAGGCUCAACAUUCUACACCACCACCAUCAUCAUCACCAAACCAACCAACCAUCACCAAAGCAGCAGCUAUUAUUCCAGCAGACAGACGUGUUGGCUUCCCAGCAAACCUCCUCCUCCUCUCUCCGUCUUCAUCCGUCGUGCAUUUUGAAUAUUUUACGGGCGGUGCCAUUUGCGGCGCAUUUCGCGGCGUUUCCGCCGCUGUCCACGCGGUUUGUUGUGUUGGGGGCCUGGGCCACUUCGCUACCGCGGUGGUCGUGAGAGUUUUAGAUAAAGAACGACGAGAAGGGAGAUUGUUUUACAUCGGGUAGGUGGGGUGGGUGGGGUAGGGGUGGAGGUGGCUGCAGACAAAGAGAUUAGGACCGAGAAGGAGAUUAUCGCGGGCGAGGGGGAGAGAAUUUGCAGCAGGAGACCGCAGAGAGAGGAGGGCCUGAGUUGGAUACCGGCGAAGGCGAUCAACCACCACCAACAACAACACACCAACACCACCACCAACAACAACACAACACCACCACCAACAACACACCACCACCAACAACACACCACCACCAACAACACACCACCACCAACAAAACCACCAACACCACCACCAACACCACCACAAACACCAACACCACCACCACCAACAACACCAUCACCCCACCAACACCACCAACAACACCACCAACAACACACCACCACCACAAACACCACCAACACAGCUGGACUCAAGGAGGCAUGGCGAUGGCAUCGUUUGCCACGGCGAGGGGACAGGUAUACCUGGGCGAGCUGCCGCACGACUUCCUGCGCAUUUCCCCCACGGCUGAGCAGCAAGCCGCCCGGCCCAACGAGCUCGCCCGCCCCAUGCUGCCCCUUGGCCGACUCAGCAUAACAGUGAUGCAGGCCAGGCUGGUGAAGAACUAUGGAGUGACGCGCAUGGACCCGUACUGCCGUAUCCGGGCGGGUUACGCUGUUUGCGAGACUCCCACAGCCCAGAACGGAGCCAAGAACCCCCGCUGGAACAAAACCAUCCACUGCAAUAUACCCCCGGGGGUUGACUUCUUCUACCUGGAGAUAUUCGACGAGAGGGCCUUUUCCACCGACGACCGCAUAGCCUGGGCACACAUCCCCAUCGCUGAACACGUCAAGCGGGGCGAGACGGCCGACGAGUGGUUCCUGCUUAGCGGCCGCCAAGGAGAGGACAAGGAGGGUACUAUUAAUCUGCUCCUACAAUACACGAUGGUGCAGCCCCAGCCCCAGGAAACUCUACAGGCUUACUACCAAUCUGCUGGCUACAUCCCAGUGGCAGUUGGCGAGGUGGUGGUGGUGCCUGGCGGCGAAGCAGUAGCCCAGCCCCCAUCGGCCCCACCGCAGACGGCGCCCGCCCCAGACACGGAGGUGCAAGCGCUGCGCGAGGUGUUCCCGGGACUUGAGCCUGAGUUGGUGCGCUCUGUGCUGGAGGCGCAAAGCGGUAACCGGGAGGCCGCCAUCAAUGCUCUGCUCCAGAUCAGCAACUGAGGUGGGACAGCUCGGCUUUGGGGGAGGACGCAAGGCAAGAUUGUCAAGUCUUGAGUUUACCGAUCCCAUAAACGGCUUCUCGGCAUGUUCUAUAUUGAUAGGGGUCUGUGCUGUGUCCUUGGGUCAAAUUAUAUCAACAAAUCCUGAGUCAUGGGAGAGUCCUGCACCUGUGUCAGGUGCCGAUAUUUUGCUAUCCGUUUUUUUUUUAUCUCUGCUCCCUUAAAGUGUAAGACGUCAGUAUCACCACUCACACUUUUUUCCUGAAUGGUGUGAGUAUAUUGCUUAAGCUGUCCAUAAGCCAAGAGGGUUUCAUGGUAAUGUGACGAGCACUGGAUGAACUUGUAUGGUGCAUGGUUUGCAGUAUGUGACCUUUUAGUGUUAGGCACGAUGUGGGCUGUAUCCCAGGACAGGUUCCAAUGGCUACAAAAACACCACCGAGUAAGCAGAUACAUUUUAUUGGCAUUUUAACCCAACGGUACUGUUAUAUACUUUCAAAUGGAUGUCUGAAGGGCAGUUUCAACCCUGAAAUAUACACUUUGAAGUGAUUUUUUUUUUACAGAGUAUGAAGUUCUAUUUGCACAUCAAGUAGCAGCCAUUAAUAUCGUUUAACAUUUGUUGGUACAUUCCACAUUUCUAAUUCCUAUUUUGAAUUUGUCAAGAAUGUUCUGCCAUGCAAUUCUGUAUUUUCCUAGAUACCUGGGUAUGCAGUGUUUUAAAUUAGCCUCUGGAAAAUAUUUAAUACCCUGUAAUGGUAAAACCAGCUUAAAGUACAGACUAAAGUAUUUACCUUAAAAAGAUACCUAAAUGCUAAUUCUUUUUUAGUACUACUGUGAAAUUGUAAUAUAUUAAGGGGUUUGAAAAAGCGGUGCAUCUGUAUACUAGUAUUUGAAAAUUGUAUAGCUUCAUUCCUGUUAAUCACUGUUUUUCGUCACUGUUGACUGGAGUGUAUAAUGUGAAACUCGUACAUGCCAAGCAACCAACUUUCACCAGCUUGCUUAGAUAUAGUGUUGUAAAUAUUUGACGAUAUACUGUAUAUGGAUUCUUAUUAAGCAUUUGUUUUUACAAAAUGUUAAAUUAGCAGCCAUUUAAGAAACAAACCUCAUGAACCCAACUGCCAGCAGUUUCAGAGUGCACAGUAAUGUGCAUGUCUUCAUUGGUUGGUUUACUGUUGUGGAAACCCACUUGUUUACAUGUUUUUAUAAUGCUCUCUUUUAGAGACAGCAAAACUAUCAUAUCUCACUUUAACAGCAAAUAACUAUUUGAAAUGAGUUGUUCCUUGUACCGAAUACCGUAUUGUUUUCCAAGUAAUGACAUCUUCAUUCAAAUGAACAGAAAUAUACUCAUUGGGUCGACCCUAUAAAGGUCUUUGUGUUCACCCAUGUUAUCAAUGCAGUUGGGAACUUAACCCCCCUUGUGGUGCAGUUUUAUAAAAAGGGAAGCAAUGUCUUUAAAAAUAAAACUGAAUUUCAAUAUUGAAUUCAAGUCUCUGCAGUUUUGCUUAUGGGCUUGCCAAAGUGUAAUAUAAACGUGGUAACUGCAUUUGUUUAAAAUGGCCUCAUCCAUAGUGGAUAAAUACAUAUUCGAGAGAUAAGAAUGGGAAUAAUUAUAACCAGUAAAAACAAAGUUUUUCACUAUAAAUCCUUUAUAUGCGUGGCAGCUAGUCCUCUCGUCCUCUGGCUUGAGAUGGCUGCCACCUAUGGGUCAGAUGAUUGCAUUGCACCAUUAAGCAAUUGGUAAUUAAAUAUAUUAUUUUUGUCCUAAAAAGUGUAAAAUUUUGGGGAAAAAAUUUCACGAACAUUAAUUGUCACGCACAACGAGUCUUUGUGGAAAAUGUCAGCUCGAUUAGAUCACGGGAAGUGGGUUAAAAAACGACCGAAAGAUUUGCACGGUCCUAAGCAAGCAAGUGAACUUAAUAUAAAGGAUUUAAAAAUCAGCAUUACAUUCUGGAACACAUUGAAGUAUUUUUUUUUAAACUUUAUUCACAAUAAAAGAUCAAUACAUCUGCACAUUAGUUUGUCAGAAAACAUGCCAGAACUACAUUUAUCAAAAGUUUUAGAUACACUUUAAAAUUUGAAUAACACAAAUUAUCACCAAGUUGUAAAUUAUCCGUGGACUAUACAAAGCGUUGGUUGAGGCGCGCACACAUACAGCGGAUGAGCAUUUACAAUGUUUGUACAGCUGUGUAACCAAUGAGGGGUGUGCCAGGUAAUAAAGGUGUAAACACUG